CGUUCAGUACGCUUCUGUCACUCGGUCGGCCAACAACACGGCGCGCUUGCUCCGCUCAGGUCCGCUCCACCGCCUCGAUCCCGAUCCCGAUCUCGAUCGCCAUACCGCCAAGCAGCCGCUCGUCGGACCGCCCGCUGCAGUUGUCAUUCGAAAGCGCGUCGCUCUCGGCGGCUCCAGACCAAACCAAACCAGUUACAAGCACUUAACUGCCCUUGCGGAAACAAUUGCAUUGUAAACAGCCAGCAGAAAUGCAUCAAAUGUGGAACCGCAACUGGAGCUGGACUCUUCUGGUUUUCUCGGCCCUGCUACUCCUCUCGACGGAGGUGGCCAAUUCGGAGGAAUGCGGCCAGGAGGAGUUCACCAAGUGCGCCGAACCACUUGAUAUGCUGCAUUUAACGUCGGACUUCUCGAUUGGCCCGGCCAAGAAGGAGGAACUGGAAAAACUUUGUCAUGAGCUGCGCAAGGGCGUGAGGUGCAUCCAGAGCUACACCCGGCGUUGCAUGGAUCUGCAGCAGAGGAAUCAGUUCAACAAGCUCUACCACGGCACCAACCAGUUCAUCAGGGAUCUGUGCAACAAGGGCGCCUUCCAGGACGAGUACCUCAAGCACGUUCCCUGCUCCGAAAUGGCCAAGAAGGAGUUCGAGGUGUGCUCCAACCGCUACCGGGAGACCAUGGUGUUCCUCAAGCCCAACAAGAACCAGGAAAGCUCCGAGAACGGCACCCUGAACGAGAACAUCAAGACCAUUUGCUGCUCCAUCAACGAACUUGUGGAUUGCUCGGAGGAUGCUGCACGCAAGAUCUGCGGCAACGAGGCGGCAAAGUUCACGCGUCAACUGGUGGACAAAUAUGCCAACAGCCUGACCAAGAUCUACUGCGAGGACUUCACCCGAAAUCCGGGCAUCUGCAGGGAUGGCGAGGGCAAUGGCUCCAGCCGGGCAGCUGGCAGUAGUUUGGGCCUCCUGCUCACAGGGACAUUGCUCACACUGCUGGUCAGCAGAGGCAACAGAUAGAUGGCAGAGGCACAGCUGAGUGCACAAAUCUAGAACCAGUCUUACCAGAACGGAGUUUCGAGAGAGGAGGAGAAGGAUAAAUAGUUAAGGUUUCCCCCAUCACACCGAAAGAAGAAUUCCACACGCUGUUGCAUACUUCUGGCAGUCAGUUUAGGCCACAGAAUCCCCGAGAGGUCGAAGGAGUAAGCUAUACAGUAAAGUACACGUUAAGUAUGUUAUGUAUACCAGUAUGCAUAUACCAUAUAUCUAUAGGGAAUAUGAGAGCAGAGUCAGGCAUGGCUACGAUCGUAUAUAUAUGCGGAUAUGUGUGUUACUAUAUAGUGGAUAUAGGCUAGCUAGUUAGAAUCAGUGUUGAGUGUGGCAGGCAGGUUAGUUGUUGUUGGCCUUACUUUCCAGUCGUCGUCGAUCGUGCAAUACUAGAGUUUCGUUGAGUUUGUUGAAGUUGUCCAGGCUUUAAGUGUAGGCAUAUUUUAGAGAAUACCCCUAAGUUUCACAAAUCGUUGUUAGCUGAAGUUAGAGCGCGCCCCACCCCACCCACCUCUGUUUACCGUAACACCAGGCAAUGUCAAAAAUCGAUUGAUCAGCUGAUCUCUUGGAAACGCAAAGUCAGUUUUCGUUACUCACACACACACACACAGCACUAAGCGCACAAGAAAAUACCCCGAGUGGAUUUGCUCACAUAUCGGCAAUAACUUUAGAUUAACUAAAAGUGCAUUUCUAUGAAUCAGGAUUUUUAAAUUAUUUAUAAACCUAUUUAGUGGAUAGCGUAUAUUUAUUUCCCACACUGUAAAUACCUUUAAAUAUAUUCAAAAUCGGAAAUACAUAUACGAAUAAAUAUUAGUUUAACUUAAAAAUACACUCACACACACACACCUACUUACAAAAACUGUGAAUAUAUAUUAUGAUUAAAGAGUAACAUUUAUUUUAAGUAAAACACACACAUGCAUAUGCAA